AUGGAUCGAAGCAUCUUCUUCAACGACUACACGGGCAAGUUCACACUUGAACAUGCGUGGAGGGAGCUGCGGUUCGAUCAAAAGUGGAGGUCAACUUAUUUAACAACAGAUGGUGCAAAGGAGAAAAGGAAGGAAGCUACAGAGACGGUGCCUGACUCGGAAGAAGAGGUUAGACCACCUGGUGUUAAGGCUUGCAAAGCAGCCGCCAAACGCAAGAAGCAUGGGAAUGAAGCAGCGUAUGAUCGACUACAAACCAUUCUAGACAUGAAACAGAACAUAUCCAAACAGAAACUACUAGAUCGUCUCCUCUCAAAAAAAGAUACUCUAACUGAUAGUGAGGUGUCUCUCAAGGACAAACUCGUAGCUGAGAUGCUUUGA